AUGCUCCCAGUCCCUUGUACUCUACCUCUCAACCGAACUCAACCGCUCACAACUGUACUUGUCCUCCUGUCACCGUGCCUCCUCUUCCCCAACCCAUCCCCAAAGGGAGACCCGCACCUGAUUGGUCGGCACGGCGAGAAGUUUGAAUUCCACGGUCAGGAUGGUGCGAGCUACUGCCUUGUGAGCGAUCGGAAGGUCCAGAUCAACAUGCAUCUGUUUGCUGGCGCCAAGAAUGGAAGCACGUACAUUGAUGAAAUCGGGGUGGUAACCAGCUCAGGCAUCCACAUCGUCGUUUCUGCACAGUCAGCAGCUGACGUGUCAACUGCGGGGGUGCAGGGCCAGCUGGAGGUGAACAGUGCAUCGCUGCCGGAUGACAUCCUGACCAUCGAUCUGCUCCGGCAUACGGUCAGGAUUGAACGGCGCAAGGCAAGCGUGCGGGUGCGCGUGCGACGGGUGGUGGAUCUGACGGUUGACAUUCUUCCUGACCUCUCACGCAAGUCCCGUCCCAACUAUCUGAACAUUCGCAUUGCCAGCUUGCAUGCAUCCCACAAAGUGCAUGGCAUCAUAGGGCAGACGUACCAGGGCUCUGCGACGCGACUGUCCAGGUUCAGUGAAUCACAGGGAAAGAACGGCCCAGCAAAAGAGAGGGCCAUUAUUGAUGGCACAGAAAGGGACUACAGGACCUCAGGUAUUCUGGAUGCUGAUUGUAAGUUCCAGCAGUUUCGAAAAGAACGUUCUGGUCACCAUCAGAGUAAAGUUACAUAA